AUGGCGCCAGUUGGGCGUGAGAUCACCGAAACAGCACUCGGACUGGUGGAUGGUAUUCCAAAAAUGCAGCAGCGAACCGGAAAAAGUCUUUUCAUGGAUUUCAAAGGUUAUUCGCACGGAUAUCGCGCUGUGCCAGAAAGGGGAGGACAUGGAAUGAGGCGUUGCACAAUCAAAACUGCUGUCGCUAUUCUAGCAAAGAUUGCAAUGAAGUAG